GAAAAAAAAGAGAAAGAAACCCAUCUACAACUUUCUACUCGCAGUACUCAUAUCACCCACGGCCCCUGAACGCAGCAGCAGGCUGACUGGCUCCGUGAAGAUGGCGGACUGUAUACGUGUUCCUCUUCUGCUGCUUUUGAUCUGCGUCUUCUCGUCGCUUCCGACUCGAGGGCAAAACAACGCGAUGGCCAAACUCGCCCUGAACGCCGACAGCCCGCAGAAACCCGCCGGAGGCCCGGGGCCCGCGGCGGAGAGGAUCCCGGUAGCCGCGGCGGAGAGGAACCCGGGCGCCGGGGCCUCGCCGCCUCGCAAGCGCUCUGCCGGCUGGAAGUUGGCCGAAGAGGGGGUGUGCAGGGAGGACCUGACCCGGCUGUGCCCCAAGCACUCGUGGAACAACAACCUGGCCGUGCUGGAGUGCCUCCAGGACCGGAAGGAGGAAACUGAGAUUGCAGCCGAAUGCAACCAUCUGUUGUGGAACUACAAGCUCAACCUGACCACCGACCCAAAGUUCGAGUCUUUGGCCGUGGAGGUCUGCAAGACCACCAUCUCUGAGAUGAAGGAGUGCUCCACGGAGGAGCUGGGGAAGGGCUACCUGGUGUCGUGCCUGGUGGACCACCGGGGCAACAUCAGCGACUACCAGUGCAACCAGUACAUCACCAAGAUGACCAGCAUCGUGUUCAGCGACUACCGGCUCAUCUGUGGCUUCAUGGACAAGUGCCGAGAGGACAUCAACUCGCUGCGCUGCGGCAGCAUCAGCACCGGGGAGAAGGACGUCCACUCCCAGGGUGAGGUCAUCGCCUGCCUGGAGAAGGGCUUGGUGCGGGAGGCCGAGGAGCAGCCGGGGUCUCACCCCAUCAAAGACGAGUGUAAGAAGUCCAUCAUGAGGGUCGCCGAGCUCUCGUCAGACGACUUCCACCUGGACCGAUACCUGUACUUCUCCUGCCGCGAGGACCGGGAGCGCUUCUGUGAGAAGACUCUGGCCGGAGAGGGACGCGUCUACAAAUGUCUUUUCAACCACAAGUUUGAGGAGGCGUUGACGGAGCGGUGCCGCGAGGCGUUGACCACGAGGCAGAAGCUGAUCUCUCAGGACUACAAGGUCAGCUACUCGCUGGCCAAGGCCUGCAAGUCCGACCUGAGGAAGUACCGCUGCAGCGCCGACAGCAACAUGCCGCGAGCCCGGGAGGCACGCCUCUCCUACCUGCUGCUGUGCCUGGAGUCAGCGGUGCACAGAGGCCGCGUGGUGAGUGGCGAGUGCCAGGGCGAGAUGAUGGACUACCGGCGGAUGCUGAUGGAGGACUUCUCCCUGAGCCCGGAGAUCGUGCUGCAGUGCCGGGCGGAGAUCGAGAGCCACUGCUCCGGCCUGCACCGCAAGGGCCGCACGCUGCACUGCCUCAUGAGGGUGGGCCGCGGGGACAUGGGCUCCAUCGACCCCAACUGCCAGAGGGCGCUCCAGAGUCUGAUCCAGGAAGCCGACCCCGGAGCCGACUACCGCAUCGACCGAGCCCUCAACGAGGCCUGCGAGUCCGUCAUCCAGACAGCCUGCAAACACAUCCGCAGCGGAGACCCCAUGAUCCUGUCGUGUCUGAUGGAGCAUCUCUACACCGAGAAGAUGGUGGAGGACUGUGAGCACCGGCUGCUGGAGCUGCAGUACUUCAUCGCCCGAGACUGGAAGUUGGAUCCCAUCCUCUACAAGAAGUGUCAGGGCGACGCCGCCCGGCUCUGCCACACUCACGGCUGGAACGAGACCAGCGAGAUGAUGCCGCCCGGCGCCAUCUUCUCCUGCCUCUACCGCCACGCCUACCGCUCCGUGGACCAGGGCCGCAGGCUCCUCAAUGGGGCGUCUGAAGCAGGAAACCGGGGUUUGACUCUUUCCAGGGACUGCAAGGUAGAGGUGCAGCGGAUCCUCCACCAGAGGGCGCUGGACGUGAGGCUGGACCCGGAGCUGCAGCGCCGCUGCAUGACGGACCUCGGCAAGUGGUGCAGCGAGAAGAUGGAGGCGGGCCAGGAGCUGGAGUGUCUGCAGGACCACCUGGAGGACCUGGUGUCGGGCUGCCGGGACGUGGUGGGCAACCUGACGGAGCUGGAGUCUGAGGACAUCCAGAUCGAGGCUCUGCUGAUGCAGGCCUGUGAGCCCAUCAUCCAGACCUUCUGCCACGAUGUAGCAGAUAACCAGAUCAACACCGGUGACCUGAUGGAGUGUCUGGUCCAGAACAAACACCAGAAGGAGAUGAAUGAGAAGUGCUCGGUGGGCGUGACCCACUUCCAGCUGAUCCAGAUCAAAGAUUUCCGUUUCUCCUACAAGUUCAAGACGGCCUGCAAGGAGGACGUCCUCAAGCUGUGUCCCAACAUCAAGAAGAAGGUGGACGUGGUGAUCUGCCUCAGCACCACGGUGAGGAACGACACCCUGCAGGAAGCCAAGGAGCAGCGGGUCAACAUCAAGUGUCGCAAACAGCUGCGGGUGGAGGAGGUGGAGAUGUCGGAGGACAUCCGCCUGGAGCCGGAGCUCUACGACUCCUGUAAGCAGGACAUCAACCGGCUGUGCCAGAACGUGGCCUUCGGAAACGCACAGGUCAUUGAGUGUCUGAAGGAGAACAAGCGUCAGCUGACUCAGCGCUGCCACCAGCGUAUCUUCAAGCUGCAGGAGGUGGAGAUGGUGGAUCCUGAGCUGGACUACCAGCUGAUGAGGGUCUGCAAGCACAUGAUCCGGCGGUUCUGUACGGACUCGGAGGGAAAGAACGUUCUUCAGUGUCUGAAGCAGAACAAGAACAGCGAGCUGAUGGAUCCCAAAUGUAAACAGAUGAUCACCAAGAGACAGAUCACCCAGAACACAGACUACCGGCUGAACCCCGUCCUGAGGAAGGCCUGUAAAGCCGAUAUCCCCAAGUUCUGUCAGCCGAUCCUGAACAAGGCGAAGGCCGACAGCGAGCUGGAGGGUCAGGUCAUCGCCUGCCUCAAGCUCAAAUACGCCGACCAGCGUUUGUCUCCAGACUGCGAGGCUCAGAUCCAGGUCAUCCUGCAGGAGUCGGCACUGGACUACAGGCUGGACCCUCAGCUGCAAAUCCACUGCACACAAGAGAUCUCCAGGCUGUGCCCGGAGGAGGCGGCGGCCCAGGAGCAGACGGGGCAGGUGGAGGAGUGUCUGAAGGUCAACCUGCUGAAGGUCAAAGAGGAGGGCUGCAAGAAGGAGGUGCUGAACAUGCUGAAGGAGAGCAAGGCGGACAUCUUCGUGGACCCCGUCCUCCACACGGCGUGCGCCCUGGACAUCAAGCAUCAGUGUGCCGCCAUCCCGCCUGGCAGGGGGCGACAGAUGUCGUGCCUGAUGGAGGCGCUGCAGGACAAACGCGUUCGCCUGCAGCCGGAGUGCAAGAAGAGACUUCAGGACCGCAUCGACAUGUGGAGCUACGCGGCCAAGGUGGCGCCGGCCGAGGGCUUCUCAGACCUCGCCAUGCAAGUGAUGACGUCCCCGUCCAAGAACUACAUCCUGGCGGUGAUCGGCGGCGGCGUGGCGCUGCUCUUCGUGAUGGGGCUGCUCUGCGGCCGCUUCACCAAGCGCCUCACGCAGGAGCUGAAGGACAGGUAGACCCCGCCCCCUUCUGGGGUCAGGACACGCCCACAAGAGAGAAAAAAAACGACCACCGCUGCCAGAACCACCCCUCAUCUACACCUCUCCUCCACCGGCCUCCCCCCCCCCGAACAUUGACAUGACAUUACCCACAAUCCUGCAGACAAAAGUCUUCUUGACCCCGCCCACUCUCCAGGAGGCCACGCCCCCUGCCGCAUCAUCUUCUCUGAAACCCCCGAGCUCCGAUAACGAGCGCAGGGUUCUCCUGUGACACCCCCCCCCCCCCUCCCCAACUCACCUGAUGUAGAUGCAUCCCCAUUGGCUGUGUGGCGAAGAGGGGGAGGGGCUUGUAGGAAUAUGGGGUCAGAGGUCAAGAUGUGACGGUGAAAUCAUAUUCAGUGUAAAUGUGUAGAAAGUGUGAUGGGAAACAGUUUAAUGUGAGUGUGUGUGAGCGUGUGUGUGCAUGAGUGUGUGUGUGUGUGUGUGUGUGUGCUAUCAUCAGACUGUCGUCCUGCUAAAGUUUUUUUUAUUUUCGGGGGUUGUUUUUGGCUCUGGAUAUUUCUUCUUCUUCUUCGAUGCCGAUGUGUGUUAGUUAGAUUUUAUCGCCAUGGGACUGCUGGGCGGGCGGAGCCUACCGGCUGUGUGGGCGGAGCCAGCUGGGCGGGCGGAGCCUCACUUAGAGCUAAAGACAAACUCUCCCAUCUGGUUCUUUACAGCAGGAGAACUUGUGGAUAUUUUUUUUGUUUUUUUGUUUGUGUGUGUUGAAACUAAAGGAAACUUUUUUUUUCCCACCCCGAGCUGGGCCAUGAACGCACCACGCACGUCCACAGAUUAGCCGGCACCCGGACGCUCCUUACCAGUGAGGACUGUAGGGGGAGGGCAAAACUUUUAUUUUAUUAAGUUUUAUUUUAGUUUCCAUCCGUGAACACGGAGUGGCCGCUGGUUGCCACGGAGACGCUGACGGCAACGCGGGGAAGAAAAACACAGAAUAAAGAAAAGAUUCUAGAUUAUUGAUUAUUAGUGACGUGAACAUUUGUGUGAGGAUGAAACUGCACAUCUUUCAUUCUUUUUUUUUUAAUAUCUAUAAAUAUAUAUAUAUAUUGUUUUGUCAUAGCCUUAUUUAUUUGUUUACUAAUGAGUCAACAGUCUUUUUUCCCCUCUUUUUUUCUAUCUAUGGUUUGAAUGCUCUUGCCUUGUCUCCAGCGGUGCGGGGGGGUCAGUGAACGCCUCUCUUUUCUCCGAGGACCACACGGCGUCCUGGUCCUCAGGAAUGUGAAAACUACGUUGUUCUAUUUUUAGUUUUAAGUCUUUAACGCGGCGACACUUUGGGGAUGGCCACUGGUGCGUUCAGGCACCGUCGGACAGAAGAGGUUUCGUGGUUAAAUCUCACCCGGAACCUUUUGAAGGCUUUAGGUGCAGCGUGAGUUUGACGCCAUCUAGUGGUGAGGUUGCAGAUUACAUCCGACUAGCUACUGAUGGCUGCAUGAAGAGAAACAGACUUUAUAAUAAGCCCCUCCCCCUAAAGGUACGCCCUGUACCUUUAAAUCCACUUUUACCAGGAAUCUGAGGCCCUAAAACGACCGAAACCCGGACGAGAAAAGAGGAAACGCAUAAAAACAUAGAGCCCAAAGAAGUAAACAAACAAACUGGACAACAAGAAAAAGUAACAAAGUAUAAACAUUAUUUUAGCUCAUUGACAGACCAGGAAAGGGGGCGGGACUUAGGGCUGCGUCUCCCGGCCUCUGGUUUGAUUGGCAUGUUUCCGGGGGGGGGGGGGGGGGGUCACGUGUACAUACCGCUGACAGACGUAACCGUGUCGUCCGUGUUCUGCUCGUAAAGAUGAACUGCCUUCAGCUUUUAUUUCUUCAUCAGGACGUCCCAGAAUGUGUGUGUGUGUGUGAUGGAUGGUGUGUGUGUGUGUGAUGGAUGGUGUGUGUGUGUGUGUGUGUGUGUGAUGGAUGGUGUGUGUGUGUGUGUGUGUGUGUUUCUGGGUCGCGAGUUCGAUCUCCGUUUCCUCGCCGUUCUCGUCCUGAACAUUUUUUUGAUUAUUUUCUGCCUUUAAAAAAAAAAAAAAUGUUUGUGAUUUCUUUUGUUUUUGUAAACGAUGCUUUGUGUCUGAUUUUCAUUGAACGCCUCAUCAUUUGAUUUAGUGCCCCGCCCCCCUUUCCUCUUUUGGGUUUCUUUAUGUUCUGUAUAGAUAAAUUGGACAGUUUGUUAAUAAUAAUAAUAAUAAAGUCUGCAAGGUUUCUA